GUCCUGUCCUGUCCGCUGCCCCUUUUGAUCUGGAUCCACACGCAGAUCAGCCUCGCCGCCAUCUUGCUCCAUCUCCGGACCCGUUCGGCCUCAACCUCCGUCUCCCGCCAUGACCUUCAUGCUCAAGCGAUCGCCCCUCCUGGCCGCCAGCCGGCCUUUCAUCUACACUCCCGCCAGAAUGUACUCCCAGGGAAAGAAGAUUGCUGUUGCCAACCCCGUCGUCGAGAUGGAUGGUGAUGAAAUGACCCGCAUCAUCUGGAAGUGGAUCAAGGACAGACUCAUCCUGCCCUAUGUGGAUCUGGACAUCAAGUACUUUGAUCUUGGCAUGGAGCACCGCGACAAGACCAACGACCAGGUCACGAUCGAUGCUGCCAACGCCAUCAAGCAGUACAACGUUGGCAUCAAGUGCGCCACCAUCACCCCCGACGAGGCCCGUGUUCAGGAGUUUGGCCUGAAGCAAAUGUGGAAGAGCCCCAACGGCACUAUCCGCAACAUCCUCGGUGGAACCAUCUUCCGUGAGCCUAUCCUCUUCACCAACGUUCCUCGCAUUGUUCCUGGCUGGACCCAGCCCAUCACGAUCGGUCGCCAUGCUUUUGGUGACCAGUACCGCGCCACCGACUUUGUCGUCCCUGGUCCUGGAACUGUCGAAAUCACCUACACCCCCAAGGACGGCGGUGCCGCCCAAAAGUACACCCUCUACGAGUUCAAGGGUCCGGGUGUUGCUCUCGGCAUGUACAACCUCGAUGAGUCCAUCGAAGGUUUUGCCAGAAGCUGCUUCGAGGUUGCCCUGUCCAAGGGCCAGCCCCUCUAUCUCUCGACCAAGAACACCAUCCUCAAGAAGUACGAUGGCCGCUUCAAGGACAUCUUCCAGGAGAUCUACGAAAAGCACUACGCUGAGAAGUUUGCCGAGAAGAAGAUCUGGUAUGAGCACCGCCUGAUCGAUGACAUGGUUGCCCAGGCCCUCAAGUCCAGUGGCGGCUUCGUCUGGGCCUGCAAGAACUACGACGGUGAUGUCCAGUCCGAUAUUCUUGCCCAAGGCUUUGGAUCUCUGGGUCUCAUGACCUCUGUCCUGGUCACCCCCGAUGGAAAGACCCUCGAAGCCGAAGCUGCCCACGGCACUGUCACCCGCCACUACCGCGAGCACCAAAAGGGCCGUGAGACCAGCACCAACUCGAUCGCCAGUAUCUAUGCUUGGACCCGUGGUCUGUCCCACCGUGCCAAGCUCGACGGCAACGAGGAGCUCGCCAAGUUCAGCCAGAGUCUCGAGCAGGCUUGUAUCGACACUGUCCAGGUCAACAGCAUCAUGACCAAGGAUCUCGCUCUGUCGAUCCACGGCAAGGGCCUCAAGCGCGAGCACUAUGUCAAUAGCGAGGAGUUCCUGAACGCCGUUGCCGAGAACCUCAAGAGCAAGAUGGCGGCCAAGAACGCCUCCCCGUCUCUCUAAUCGUGCGGUGCAUCCGCCAUGCUCCUCACCUCCCCCCCCCCAGCGUCACAAUGUCGUCUCUACGUACCA